UGGUUGCUAGGUGUGAAUGAAGUGAUGCUUUGUCACAAUUGAACCGCUCCUCAGUUUACAGGUCGACCACAACAAAGCAGCACCUCGUUCUAUUUGCCUUGUCCCGGAUAUUCCGAGCUGAAAUAUGGCUCUUUAAUUUUUUGCUAAGUUGUUGGACCCGAAAAGUCGUCGUGCUUUGCUUCAGCAACGCACCCCCAAGUGCUCUACAUUUUUUUCUGCAAGAAUGGAGUUUCAUUAUGCUCACCCAGCCCUGCUCUCUGUGGCCCAUCUGUCAGACCCUGCUUGCUCUCAGCAUAUGCUUGGACUCGGACUGAAUCAAAGCACCAACAGACAAAAUGAUGGCAACAUCAGCUCCUGUUUGGAAGACUCUUCUUGUCUGCCCGGCAGACCCCCUCGCUCUCUCUCACCCACAGGCUAACCACAGCCAAUCACAGGGGUGCAGGGGGGAGGUGUCAGAGGAGAGUCAGCACUUAAUUGGUGAUGGUCACACUGACUGGAUGACGGAAGAAGUGGAUUUCUCCUCGUACCUCCCAAACCCUCCUUCCCCUCCCUCCUCUACUAAUGCCUCCCUUCCCCCUUCACCCCUUCAGAAUGAUAUCCAGGUGCCCUCUGACUUGGAGGUCAUGACCUCCCUGCUGCAAGAGGAACUUGCCCAACUAGAGGACUACUUCCUGUCUGAACCACUGCCAGAGAAAGGGCCGAGGCUGGGAAAAUGCGACAGGGGUCCACUGCCUGCGGGUCCUCCGCCAUUCACUCAGCUGCCAUACGCAUCAUAUGCUGCGUCCAACCAAUCGGAAUCCAGCCCACUUCUUGUUACCUUGGCAACCGGAGAACUGGACCUGCUGAGUAUCUGUGGCGGGCCCAUUGGGCGCUCCAAAAUUCCAAGACACGCCCCGUACAGCUGCAGUCGACCCAGUGGGUGUGGUAGGAAAAGAGUUCCUGACGGUGUGAGGUUCAGUGAAGGUUAUGACAGCAGUUUGUUGAGUUCCAAAGGAAGUAACUCAGGUAACUCAGCUGUGACCCUUUCAGGUAAUUAUGGUUGUGUAGAGGACGACCAGGUGGUAGGAAAAAGCUACUGCUUGGGCAGUGCAGUCGAAGUUAGACGAUGUGCCGUUAUACCCAAAGAAGAGAAAAAUUGUUGCUUCACUCAAGAUGUGAUAGGUGGUGCGAAGAUUGUUGGUGGUGGAUUUGGCUUUGGUGGAUCACUGGAUGUCCCCCAUAAGAAAGAGGAUCUUUUGAUGUAUAGCAUGAGGGAAGUAAGCGGAGGUGCUGGUAACAGUGAUGUGCUGAACAGUAUCAAGACUAGUGUGGAGGUGACAAAAGCCACUGUUUCUUGGAAAACCGAGAGCAGCGAAGGUUGUUAUCUUCCGACGACACCACAGUCCGAGGCCUAUCAUAACUUCUUAGGCAGCAUCAAUGAGCAGGUGAAGUCAGAGAGUCUUCAGAUAGGUCAGCAUGAUCUGCAUUGUAAUUUUCUUGAGGAUCAGGGCCCAGAGUGUCUUUUAAUGGCUAGGGAUAGUCUGAACCUUGAAUCUUCAGGGCACAGACAAGCAUGCCGGCUGAAAGAAGACCACUGUGCUGUGAAAUACGAAGUGGACAUCAUUCCAGUCGAAGGCGGGGAGCGCAAACAAAAGAAGAGAGAUCAGAACAAAACUGCUGCUCACAGGUAUCGCCAGCGAAAAAGGGCGGAGCUCGAUUCUUUGGAGGAGCAGCUGCACUGCCUUGAAGGGAGGAACCGGGAGCUCCGGGACAAAGCAGAGUCCGUAGAACGUGAAAUCCAGUACGUUAAAGACCUGCUCAUUGAAGUUUACAAGGCCCGUAGCCAAAGGCUUAAGCAGGACACAACAGCAUAACGCCAAGCUCCUGCAAAUACACUUAGAGAGCGCAUAGAAGGGAGAAUCUGGAGCUCUUUGUGUCUUUAAGUUUGUCCUGAAUCAAAUGUUUAAUUUUUUUUUUUUUUUAGCGAGGGGUUAAAUGCAUGCUUUGCUAAUAUGAAAUAUUUUUUACAUUUUAAAUCAACACACUAUCCAAUGCUUCCAUUGCUUUCGUACUCAAAUCACUUGAGCCGACACUGUGGCAUAGCAAUGCUUUAAAUGACAAUCAUUUUUAAUAGUUCUCGCACCUCGUGAAUCUACUAUUGAAAUAAGGUAAUUUCAGAAGUAAUGUAACUCAUUAUGCAGGUUUUAUAUUUGUAAUAGCCUUAUGUUGAAAUUGAUGUCAGCAAUAGAAACAAAUGUUUGUUUUUUUCCCCCUUUUUUUUCCAUUUUCAUGGGCGAUCACCGUUUCACCCUCAUUUGUAGUCAGAUGUGUUGUUGGCGUUGACAUUUGAGUUUGGACACACAUUUCAAAUCAGCUGCGUUCAUACAACAGGAAAAAAUUAAUAUGGCAUUAAUAUUUAAAAUCAGUAGAAAUGCUGUUGAAUAUCUAUUGACUUUUACAACUGCAGCACAUUAAAAAAAAUGUCAUAAAUCUUGGUGAAAUUUUCUUCUUUAUUUUUGAGAAACAUUUGAUUUGCUUCAGGUUUAUUU